AUGCGCGCGGCUUGUUUUGUUCUGGGUACCCUUCUCAUCUCCCUCUCUCUCUCUCUCUCUCUCUCUCUCUCUCUCUCCCACAGUGAUGUCAAACUCUCCGUCCGGCAGCGGUAGAGGCGAUGGAGAACCUGGCAUUCCUGGCGAACGCGAGCAACCUGGUGACAUACCUGACGGGCUCCAUGCACUUCUCCCCCGCACGAGCCGCCAACGCCGUCACCACCUUCAUGGGCACCGCUUUCCUCCUCGCCCUUCUCGGCGGCUUCCUCUCCGACGCCUUCUACACCUCUUUCCGCAUCUACCUCAUCAGCGCCGUCGUCGAGUUCCUGGUACACACCUCGCCGCUGUAACCCCGCCCACCGGAAGUCCGUCGGUGGUUGGUUCUCACCGACGUCACGGCAGCGGCGCAUCGCGCGCUGUGGUGGGGAUCGCAUUUCCAUGCAGCCCACGCUGGGCCCGUGCGAAUAGCUCCUAUGUUUUUCUGCCGGCAACGGCUACGGAUUCUCGCAGAAGAGGACAGAUAACUUUUCGAACUAAAUCCAUGGGAGUCUGGAAACCCAUUUGGUUAAUAACCUAACCCUCCAGAUUUAGCCGCGGCUUUCUUCGUCAUGGGCUAGAUUAGGGCAACACUCUCUUUUCGCUAGAACUUCGGAACCCGACGAAAACUCUAAACCAACGGUCUAUUGCUGAGCCUUGGAUUUCCUUUCUCACAGGGGUUGGUUAUAUUAACAAUCCAAGCCCGGACGGGAUCUCUGAAGCCCCCCGAGUGUCAUCUCCUCGGCCCGUCGAGCAGGCCCUGCGAGGAGGUCUCCGGCGGGAAGGCGGCGCUGCUUUUCGCCGGGCUCUAUCUCGUGGCGCUGGGCGUGGGGGGCAUCAAAGGCUCGCUCCCUGCCCACGGCGCCGAACAAUUCGACGAGGAGACGACGCAGGGGCGAAAGAGCAGGUCUACCUUCUUCAACUACUUCGUCUUCUUCCUCUCGUUGGGGGCGCUGGUGGCCGUCACCUUUGUGGUGUGGUUGGAGGACAACAAGGGCUGGCAGUGGGGCUUCGGGAUAUCCACCGUCGCCGUACUACUCUCCUUCCCCGUCUUCCUCGCCGGCUCCGCCACUUACCGGAAUAAGACGCCGACGGGAAGCCCCCUCUCCACUAUUGCGAGGGUAAGCGCCGGGGACAUGGGAUUAUCUGAGACUAAGAUACUCUGUUCUUUCUUACGGAGUUGAAUGCUUCAUUCUCAUUAAAACUCUGGGCAGGUGUUAUUUGCGGCCGCCCUCAACCCUAAAGGCCACCAUCAAGCUCCCAGAGGCGCAGUGGUAGACAUGGCCACCAGUCCCACAUGGAACCUCCAUGCGGGGGAACAGAAUACCCUAAAAGAGGCCUCACGCCUCCCAUCCCGGGAGUUGUGUUUCCUCAACAGGGCAAUGGAGAGGAAACCCAUACACCAAGCGCUCGCAGUCACGGUAGAGGAAGUGGAAGAGGUGAAGGUGGUCGUCAAGAUCCUUCCCAUUUUCCUCUCCACCAUAAUGCUCAGCUGCUGCUUGGCCCAGCUCUCUACCUUCUCUGUGCAGCAGGCGGCCACCAUGGACACCAGGCUUGGCUCCCUCACCGUACCGCCGGCAUCCCUCCCGGUCUUCCCCAUCGCCUUUAUCAUGGUCGUCGCGCCUCUCUACGACCACAUCAUCGUGCCCUUCGCGCGGAAGAUGAGGGGGACCGAAUCCGGCAUUACCCAGCUCCAGAGGAUCGGCGUAGGCCUGGUCCUCUCCGUGCUGGCCAUGGCGGUGGCCGCCCUAGUGGAGGUCAAGCGGAAGCGGGUCGCCUCCCUCACGGGAACUGUCCACUCGGCGGCGCCGCUUCCCAUCACAUUCCUCUGGGUGGCCUUACAGUACCUCUUCCUGGGGUCAGCCGACCUCUUCACUCUCGCCGGCCUGCUUGAGUUCUUCUUCACAGAGGCGCCGUCGAGCAUGCGGUCCUUAGCAACGUCUCUCUCCUGGGCAUCCCUAGCGAUCGGCUAUUACCUCAGCUCUAUCUUGGUGUCAAUUGUGAACAGCGUCACCAAUGGCAACCACCAGAAGCCGUGGCUGGCCGGUGGCAACCUCAAUAGCUACCGCCUGGAGAGCUUCUACUGGCUCAUGUGCAUCCUCAGCACCAUUAAUUUCCUCCACUUCUUGUUCUGGAGCUCACGCUUCAAGUACCGGCCGGCGCUCCGCAGGGGCUAA